AUGAACAAUGACCCCGCCGCAACCGACCUGCCCAGCUCGGAGACGCCUCUACCAGAACCAGCUUCCGUUCCUAUCCCUGGCCCGAGUGCCAGCAAUACUGCCCCGGCGGGUGGCGGCGGCGACGACGACGAGGAGGACAUACCGGUGAUUCAAUCAAAUGUGCUUACACCGGCCCAGCAGAAAGCCCAGAGCGAUGCGAGGGCGCUGUUCGAGAAGAAACAUGAGUUCAUCACUUCGCUGACAUCAAACCUCGAUGUCCUGAUCUACGCGGAGCUCUCGAUCCUGUACUAUAUGGACUGCUCUCUCUUCCGCUUCCUUCUCCGCGUUCUCAACCAGAUGAUGUUCCUGACACCCAAGCCAUCCUUCGUACCGCCAGCGCCGCAGCACCGCCCAUAUAUCGGCGCCAUCGUCCUCCCCAACAUGAUCUGUGUGCUCCUCCACCUCUUCACCGCGCGCCCCGAAGCUGGAGAAGCCAUGCGUGGCUACCUGCACGGAGGAGUGAUUAUAGAUCUCAUCGGGUACAAAGGACCGACUUCCAGGUUCCACAUGAUACUACUCGACCUUCUAGUGCUGAGCUUGCAGUUUUUUAUGCUGGCCGUGCAUGUGGAAAAGGAGAAACUCUCGGCUAUAAUUGAGGUGUACAAGAAGAACGAUGCGGUACCCGUGACGGCUGUAUCAGUGGCGCCAACGCAGGAUUUGGAUGCAGAGGAAAGAGGUGAGAUAGGCCAUAGAAGUGUUAGGAGGAAUGGCGAUAUGGAGAUGCAGGAGAUAAUACCACAAAACGACGGACCUUCUUCGAUUACAAGGAUUGGAGAGACAGACGAAGAGAGAAACGAAGAACGCGAAAGGCUGCUCGCAGAACCAUCUCCGGCUCAAGAAGAAGUAGAGGAUGGGAGUACUCUGGAGCUACUUUGGUCAGCAUCGGCCGUUGUAGCAGAGUUUAACAUUUUUUAUAACCUCAGGAGGCAGUGGCGGGAUUAUGGUUCUGCUACAGAGUCUGCUCUACAGACGGUUGGCUUCUCUGCGGAGUUUGCUGCUAUCACAGCGAAUCGACGAAUAAAUGCAGCCAGUGCCAGGUUACAGCGAGACGUGGAGGCCCUAGGAAGGAAUUGA